AUGCUUCUCAAGACGUCGACCGCCCUGGCCAUCCUGGCCGCCGCCUCGCAGGUCGUGGCCGAGCCGCAGCCGUAUGCUGCCCGCAAGCUGAUGUCGGUCCGCGACAUGUUCGGUGUCGUUCGCCGUGACGGUGCUGAUAGCUACACCCCGUCCCAGAGCUACUGUGGCAUCGGCGAGACCUGCGCCCAGGCCUGCGGUGCUGGCUACGAGACGUGCUCGUCGACCGACGACGCCAUCCACUGCUACGACCCCAGCAACCAGCAGGUGUGCUGCCCUGACGGUUCCGGCAACUCAUGCGAUGCCGGCUACUACUGCUCCGGCACCCAGAAGGGCGAGACCGUGUGCUGCCCCAACAGCCAGUCCCUGGCCGAGUGCGCCGCUGCCUACCACGUCAAGGGCCCUCUGACCCGCGAGACCGCCAAGCCCACCUCGUCGUCCGCCUCCUCGACAGUCAUCUCGUCCUCGUCUGCGUCCUCGUCUUCGUCCUCGUCUUCCGUCAACUCGACGACCAGCACCGUCGUUACCAAGCCGACCGGUCACCACGGCCACCAUGCCAAUGGCACUGUCGUCACCUCGUACAGCACGAGCUUCACGACCACGUCGUGCUUGACCUCGGCUGCUGGCACGGCCGCCCCUACCCAUGCCAACAACUUCACCACGUCGCGUGGCGGCCCGUCGCCCACGGCCUCGCAGGUCGCGACCAGCGCUGGUGGCUUCAUCAAGCCCGCCGGUGCUGCCGCUGCCAUCCUGGCCGCUGUCUUCACAUUCCUGCUGUAA